AUGGACCAUUAUCCCGAUGCCAGCUCACGAAGCUCACGCAGCGGCUCCAGCUCCUCUCCCGCUGAAGCUCCCCCACAUUCUGCUUUCAACUCACACAUUCGCACCUCAUGUGACUCGUGCAAGCGACUGAAGAUCAAAUGCGAAAAGCAAGGCGACAACUGCGCCCAUUGCCUCAAUCGCGGGGUAACAUGUGUAACGACAUUGGUUGAGCGCAAGAAGAGGCAGCCGACAAGGUCCACUUCCCUCCUCGACAUUGAGAGCCGUAUCAAGCGCAUGGAAUCGGUUAUCUCCGCCUCUGGCUUGGACACUCAGAGCAACUCGGUUGCAGCGUCCUCGCCAGUGGCGUCCGAGUCCCCUCUCGCAAGUCCUACCAAGUUGAUUGAUCGAUUGUCGACUCUUGUGAUCAGUGGGGAAGGAAAGACUCGAUUCUUUGGUGGCGCAUCCGGAUUGACUCUCUUUUCACCACAGGGACUUGAUUGGAUCGCCGAAAAAACGGGCUCCGAUGAAUUAUCACGAUUUAUACAUACUCUCGCAACCGAUGUGCAUACCCCUCCCGAGAAGACCGCCACCGAACUCUACCGUCCGCUUUUCGCUUCUGAGAGAGAACCCUAUCCACCUAAACAUAUCGCGGACCGCUACGUUGAUUACUUCUUUGCGUCGUAUAACAACCUUUCUCCAUUGUACGAUAAGGCGGCUUUCGAACGGAGCUACGAACUUCAGUACUCCGGACAUCCGCCGAAGGGACUCGCUUGGUAUGCUUCGCUGAAUAUUGUUCUCUGUCUUGGUUGUCUACUCCUACAGGUGCGCGACAAGAGCAACACGUCUGAAAAUCCAGAGAGCAAAGUCUGGAGAAAGUACCUUCGCAAUGCUAGUGGUUGUUUGCUCGAUUUAAUAUUCGAAGAAGGUAGCCUAGAAGCGGUACAAGCUUUAGUCGGAAUGGCUGUUGUGCACCAAGUACAUCUAGAACCGCAGGCCGUUCAUAUCCUAGUAGCAGCGGCCGGGCGUUUGUCUUACGGAAUCGGUCUCCACCGGGACCUAAAAGACCGGGGCAUUAGCGAAGCUGAAGUUAUUCAAAGAAGAAAUGUGUUUUGGGUUGUCUACACUAUGGACAAGACCGUUGCUUUACGCCUAGGACACCCUUCUGUGAUGAAUGAUGAUGAUAUCGGUAUUCAUCUGCCGCUUCAGGAGCACCCAUGUGAGGUACAGCCUGAUGGGGCAACUACUAAGGUGGACAUGUUUCGAUAUCGUGUUCAACUAGCAAGACUUGAGAGCCGCGUCUAUUCAAAGCUAUACUCAGCUCGAGGUCAAACUAGAUCGCCUUUGGAACGACUGAGACUAGUUGGUGAACUGGACAAGACGCUCAUAGAAUGGAAACAAAAGCUACCCGUAGAGAUCCAGCCAGAGCAGCCCAUACAUUGUCCCGCAGAUUUGGUAUUGCCGACCAUUUUGAUGCAUUUUGCAUAUUUCAACUGUCUUACGAUCAUUCAUCGCGUUUCCAUACACCAUGGCUCAUGGACGAGCACCCAUUAUAGCCGACACGAAAAUACCUUGCAAGAUGACCGACACCUCAAUCCCCGCGUGUAUGCAAGUGAAGCAAUUUGUCUAACAGCUGCAAGACAGUCUAUCCAGCUUCUGAAGUCAGUCGACUUUGAAACUCGAGCGGUUGACAAAAGCAGUCUCUGGAUGCUUCUCUACUACCCCCUUUCCAACCUUUUGACACUCUUCGCCAAUACUCUUCAGAAUCCCCAGGAUCCGGAGGCCCGUUCAGAUCUCAAGCUCAUGGACAUCGUUAUUUCGUUACUUUCGGAGCCCGCUUUCCAUGUCAACGUACCUACGGCUAACGCGGCUCGCCUAUUCGUAGAGUUGGGCAAUAUUACGAGAAAACUAGUCAAAAAGACCAACUCCAAUGCAACAAAGCCGGCUAAGCGUGCUCGAGAUGAAUAUGACCAUAAACAAGACAAAUCUCAGCCAUCAGCUCAAGGGCCUCACGUGCCUGAGACCUUAGCAGAGUUAGAGAACUCCGGACACCAAAGUGGUUCUAUGCCACAUAUUGCAAGGGUCACAAACAAUGGCGACAAUUUAACAGCCUCGUCCCUCGAUUCGCAUUUCUUUGGAGACAUCGUCCAGCAGCACAUCAGCAAUACAUUGCAUCCUUUCUACCCGUCUGAUACAAUCGAGGACGAUCUAUUUACCAUGUCUAACACACCCAUGUUUUCGGACAAUGCAAUGCCAUAUUUGGAUGCUACUUCAUUCACGCCAUUAAUGUCCGAAUACUUCGAGUGGGAUCUGGCCAACUUAUGGAGUUCUGAUCAGGGCCACUAA